CACCCCCCUCCUCCCCCCACGGCAACUAUGAAAUAAUAAUCGUAGUAUUAAAGGCAGAGAUCGGGGCGAGACAAUGGGGAUGUUGGCGAGGGAGCCCCGAUCCGGAUUAGAAACACCUCCCAGCCCCGCAGAAUAAUACUGAUCGCGCCCCCUCCGCGCGCUCCCUCCCCCGAGUGCGGAGCGGGAGGAGGCGGCGGCGGCCGAGGAGGAGGAGGAGGCCCAGGAGGAGGAGGCGUUGGAGGCCGAGGAGGAGGAGGAGGAGGAGGCCGCGGAGGAGGAGGCCGAGGCGGAGGAGGAGGAGGAGGCCGGGCUCGGGAGGCAGCAUGAGCCGAGCGCGGCGGCCGCGGCUCCUCUCGGCUGCGCUCGUUGCCCAUUGACAGCAGCGUCUGCAGCUCGCUUCAAGAUGGCCGCUUGGCUCACAUUCAUUUUCUGCUGAACGACUUUUAACUUUCAUUGUCUUUUCCGCCCGCUGCGAUCGCUUCUCGCCGGCUGCUUUUUCCGGGAUCUUUUAUCAAAAGCAGAAAUGCAUCGAACAACCAGAAUCAAGAUCACUGAGCUAAAUCCCCACCUAAUGUGUGUGCUUUGUGGAGGGUACUUCAUUGAUGCCACAACCAUAAUAGAAUGUCUACAUUCCUUCUGUAAAACGUGUAUUGUGCGUUACCUGGAGACCAGCAAGUAUUGUCCUAUCUGUGAUGUCCAAGUUCACAAGACCAGACCACUACUGAAUAUAAGGUCAGAUAAAACUCUUCAAGAUAUUGUAUACAAAUUAGUUCCAGGGCUUUUCAAAAAUGAAAUGAAGAGAAGAAGGGAUUUUUAUGCAGCUCAUCCUUCAGCUGAUGCUGCCAAUGGCUCUAAUGAAGAUAGAGGAGAAGUUGCAGAUGAAGAUAAGAGAAUUAUAACUGAUGAUGAAAUAAUAAGUUUAUCCAUUGAAUUCUUUGACCAGAACAGAUUGGAUCGGAAAGUAAAUAAAGACAAGGAGAAAUCUAAGGAGGAGGUGAAUGAUAAAAGGUAUUUACGAUGCCCAGCAGCAAUGACUGUGAUGCACCUAAGAAAGUUUCUCAGAAGUAAAAUGGACAUACCUAAUACUUUCCAGAUUGAUGUCAUGUAUGAAGAGGAACCUUUAAAGGAUUACUAUACACUAAUGGACAUUGCCUACAUUUAUACCUGGAGAAGGAAUGGUCCGCUUCCUUUGAAAUACAGAGUUCGACCUACUUGUAAAAGAAUGAAGAUCAGUCAUCAGAGAGAUGGACUGACAAACGCUGGAGAACUGGAAAGUGACUCUGGGAGUGACAAGGCCAACAGCCCAGCAGGAGGUAUUCCCUCCACCUCUUCUUGUUUGCCCAGCCCCGGCACUCCAGUCCAGUCUCCUCAUCCUCAGUUUCCUCACAUUUCCAGCACUAUGAAUGGAACCAGCAGCAGCCCCAGCGGUAACCACCAAUCUUCUUUUGCCAAUAGACCUCGAAAAUCGUCAGUAAAUGGGUCGUCAGCAACUUCAUCUGGUUGAUACCUGAGACUGUUGAGGAAAAAAAUUUUAAACCCCUGAUUUAUAUAGAUAUCUUCAUGCCAUUACAGCUUUAUAGAUGCUAAUACAUGUGACUAUCGUCCAAUUUGCUUUCUUUUGUAGUGACGUUAAAUUUGGCUAUAAAAGAUGGACUAGAUGUGAUAUUCAUAUGGACGUUAAUUGAAAAGAAAGAUUAUUUCUCGAAAGAAUUGAUUUCUGAGAAAGCAGGCAAGAUGUUUUUCUGUGUGUUAGGACAGAUGUGAAAUGGUUUCUGUAACCAUUGUUUGGAUUUGAAAAUCUUCUGCAGUGGCUAUAAACAUUGGGCCAUAGUUUGUUAAUCUCAACUAACGCCUACAUUACAUCCUCCCUGAUUGUUCUUGUUAUUAUGCUGUUUUGUGAACCUGUAGAAAACAAGUGCUUUUUAUCUUGAAAUUCAACAAAUGGAAAGAAUAUGCAUAGAAUAAUGCAUUCUAUGUAGCCAUGUCACUGUGAAUAACAAUUUCUUGCAUAUUUAGCCAUUUUGAUUCCUGUUUGAUUUUUACUUCUCUGUUGCUGUGCGAAACCGAUCAAAGGAAAGUAAACUUCAGUUUUACAAUCUGUAAGCCUAAAAGCGGGUACUACCGUUUAUUUUACUGACUUGUUUAAAUGAUUCGCUUUUGUAUGAAUCAGAUGGCAUUAUGCUUAUUGUACAAUGCCAUAUUGGUAUACGACAUAACAGGAAACAGUAUUGUAUGAUAUAUUUAUAAAUACUAUAAAGAAAAUAUUGUGUUUCAUGCAUUCAGAGAUGGUUGUUAAAAUUCUCCCAACUGGUUCGACCUUUGCAGAUACCUAUGUUUGAGCCUUAUCACCAUAGGAUAUUUUUAAUGUGGAUAUUUAAUUCUAAAUUUUGUUCCAUUGGAAGCGAUUGGCAUAUCGUAAUACUGAUUUUUCUCUAGUAAUACCUGUUUACUUUUAAAAUUAAUAGUUGCAUUAAAGAAAAACUUUUCACUAAGGAAAUUGGAAAUGCUUUCUUCAUUUCCCAUUGCUUAUGAUGGAAUUAAUGUGUUUUUAAAAUGCAUAUUGAUCGCUGUAAUUCUAAAACAAAUAUUUUAAAUAAACCAGCAAAUUGCUGGAAGAAGGCAUUUUAUCUAAAAUUAUUUUAAUAUGUGGCAUAGUGGAAAUUUCAAACUUAAGAAUUGCUGUUACAGUUAUAAACAGUGGAAUAUGCCCUCUCUGUAACGUCUGGAAAUAGAAGCAAUUUAUUGUGAGCUUCUACAGGUAUUAGUUUUUAAAUACAGUGAGCGUGUUGAAUUUAAAGUAUGAAUAUCCCCAACAAUUUUCAGUUUGUGUUUUGCUUUGGUCGAACUUGUUCAUCACCCAUCAGUUAUUUGUGAGGGUGUUUAUUCUCUAUGAAUAUUGUUUCAUGUUUGUAUGGGGAAAUUGUAGUUAAACAUUUCAUUGUCCCCCGUCUGCAAAAGAAGCACAAUUCUAUUGCUCUGUCUUGCUUAUAGUCAUUAAAUCAUUACUUUUACAUAUAUUGCUGUUACUUCUGCUUUCUUUAAAGAUACAGUAAAUGAAGUUUUAUGAAACCACAAAAUACAUAUAUUUUUAUUUUGACCUAAAUUUGUACAGUCCCAUUGUAAGUGUUGUUUCUAAUGAUAGAUGUAAAAUUAAAUUUCAUUUGUAAUUGGAAAAAUCCAAUAAAAAGGAUAUUCAUUUAGAAAAUAGCUAAGACUUUAAUAAAAAUUUGAUAUGAAAAGCACAA